CCUAAGAUUGAAGAAAUUGUUUUUGGAUGAAGUGGAUGUGGAACGACAUAUUAUUGUUUUGAAACAUAAGUAAAUAGAGAAAAACCGUUGUGUGAUGUAGAACAGAAGAGCUCAUUUAUUGUAGUUAUUACGCCAUUGUUGUUUCGUGCAAAACAGAAUUGGGAGUGAUUAAGAGACAGUAAAUCUGUAGCGUCCAGCAAGUGUCCAUUCAGAAUCAAGGUUCAUGCGCGGAUCUCCUUGUUCUAAGUUAAAGUUGAUUGAAGGGUUUGCCAGUUUAUUAUUUGCAUGCGGCCAUUGAGAUGUAUAUGGUUAAUUGAUAACAAAUAUUUGUGAUUGGCGUCAAUCUAUAGCCUGUCGCCAAGAUGUUGAAUAGGUUGAAAAGUGCAGUGAGUGGAGCUGUUGAAGGCUUGGAGGGAUCCAGAUCUGGAUCAUCAAGAGCUCAAGCUAAUCCCGGGCCACCUAAACAUGAAUACUCUAGACCUUCAUUUAUGAAGCUCCCAGAGAUAGCAUUAUCGAUAUCGAAAGACAAAAAGGUCCGUCCUAUACUUUCUGCAAGCUCCAGCUCCCCGUUACCUUACAACUCUGGCUAUGCUGAAUGUGUGAAUGCAGGGAAAUCUAGCUUUAAUGAGGAUAUGGCACAGUUGUACCAUGGCACACUUAAAUGCAAUAUAAGUGAUUUUGAAGAAGCUAUCCUACCUUAUGCUUAUUAUGCCAUAUUCGAUGGACAUGCUGGCUAUGGAGCAUCUUUAGAUGCCAGCAAACAGCUUCACCAUAUAUUACACCAAAAAUUGGUAAAUAGUAUGGACAUUAUAUUCGCAUCACUCAAGACACCUGCUCAACCCAAGACCAUUGACCGCAAGACAAUAAUAAUUGGUUGUCUUGAAGCUGCUUUUGUUGAAAUGGAUGAGAUUAUAGGUGAAACGCAAACAAUGAAUUUUCAGAAUCCUGGAGGAUGUACAGCUCUUGUAGCUUUGUUUAUGUUAGGUGAUCUAUAUAUUGCAAAUGCUGGCGAUUGCAGAGCUGGAAUAUGUGAUAAUGGCAAAUUCGUGCAAAUAAGCAACGACUUUUCGCCUUUCUAUGACAAGGAAAGAAUUUACAGGAAAGCAUCUGAAAACCCAAGUUUACUAGGAAACGGGUAUAAUAUCCGCGAGUAUUAUGAUGUUCCUAGUAGAGACAAUUUGGGAAAAAUGGUCCUAUAUAAAGAACCUUAUAUGAAAGGUUGGUCAUAUAAAACUUUAACAGUUGAUGACUUAAAGACCCCUCUCAUUACGGGAACUGGUCGCCGGAGUCGUAUCAUGGGCACCAUCGGUGUUGCUCGAGGUUUUGGAGACUUUGAAUUGUCUUCAAUUCAUCAUAAGGUCCCCAUCAAGCCCCUAUUGAGCUGCAUUCCGGAAGUGACAGUGUAUUCGCAAACGGAUUUGGUAACAAACUAUGCUGUUCUGAUAAUGGCAAGUGAUGGAUUAUGGGAUGCAGUUGAUCCCUCAGACGUCGCAGAUAUCUGUUGCGACUUAAAUUUGAGCACUAUGAAUGACUUAAAUAAAUACGUGACCGUUGCAAUGAAUUUGGUAGCAGCUGCAAGGGGAAGGAAGAAUCACGUAACAAACAUGUGGAUGUUGAAGAACUCCAACCAAGCUUCCGUUGACGAUAUAUCUGUCUUCGUUAUACCAUUCCAACCGUAUGCUUAUAAGCGGUGUGAAAUUAUUACUAAAACUCUUCCAAAAGUACUUUGGCCUAUGAAUGUUUACGAAAGCGACAGCGGGGAACCAGAAGAGCAAAUGGAUAUGGACCAAAUAUCCAACGAUGGUACUGAAAUAACUCAGGUGGCUGAGUUGGAUGAGGUGCUGAAUGAGCUAUUAGUUGUCAAGUUUGAGCGUGAUAUUUUGGAGGAUGAUGCACAACGGCUGCGAGACAUAGCCGAAAAUGAAGUUCAGGUUAAAUGCGAAGUAGAUAGCCCAGAAAAAUCAACUGAUGAAGAUUUUAAUAACAAAAGGUCGCAUAGCGAUACUGAAUAAGAGCGCUGCUCUAUUUAAAAGUAUUAUUUUAAAUAUGAUAUGAU